AAUGCCCAUUUGGGUAAAAGUGAUUCACACAUUUUUUUUUUUUUUCAUUCCUAGUCAUCAACACCACAACAUGGUACCAGGAAAUGGUACACAAGAUUCAGAAUUUCUUCUUCAAGGAUUAUCAAUGAAACCAGAGCUACAGCCCCUCAUAUUUGGGCUUUUCCUCUUAAUGUAUCUGAUCACUGGGUUUGGAAACCUGCUCAUCAUCUUGGCUGUCAGUUCAGAUUCCCACCUCCACAUGCCCAUGUACUUCUUCAUCUCCAACUUGUCCUUUGUAGACAUCUGUUUCACCACCACAACAAUCCUAAAGAUGUUAAUCAAUAUACAGAGCCAGAGAAAAGCUAUAUCCUAUGAAGGCUGCAUCAGUCAGAUGUAUUUUUACAUGCUCUUUGCAGUAUUGGAUGAUUUUCUUCUGACCGUGAUGGCCUAUGACCGGUAUGUGGCCAUCUGCCACCCCCUGCACUACACAGUCAUCAUGAACCCCCAACUCUGUGGACUGCUGGUUCUGCUAUCCUGGAUCAUUAGUACGCUGCUUUCCUUGUUAGAAACCUUACUUGUGUUACGGCUGUCUUUCUGUACAGAUUUGGAAAUCCCUCACUUUUUCUGUGAAAUCAAGCAGAUUGUCCAGCUUGCCUGUGAUGAUACGCUUCUUAAUGAUACCAUUAUGUAUUUUACAGCAGUGCUGUUGGGUGGUGGUCCCCUGACUGGUAUCCUAUACUCUUACUCUAAGAUAAUAUUCUCUGUACGUGGAAUCUCAUCACCUCAGGGGAAAUAUAAAGCAGUCUCCGUCUGUGCAUCUCACCUCUCAGCUGUCUCCUUAUAUUAUUGUUCAAGCCUAGGAGUGUACCUUAGCUCUGCUGCUCCCCACAGCUCUCAUUCAAGUGCAACAGCCUCUGUGAUGUACACUGUGGUCACACCCAUGCUGAACCCCUUCAUCUACAGUCUCAGAAACAAAGACAUAAAAAGAGCUCUGAAAAGAGUCAUUCACAUGGCAGUUAUAAAAAAGGAAAUUGUUCUGGGUUUGAAGAAGCAUCCUUGA